AUGUCGUCGACGGGGGCGCGCAGGGGCGUUGGCAGCGGCGGCGGCGGCGGGCACUUCCCGGUGGGCCGGCGCCGCCACGUGGCGGUGGUCGACACCGGGUGCAGCUGCCGCCCGCGCCGCCCCAGGAUGCUGCUCAGCCUGCCGUCCUUCCUCAAGCCUUCCUCAGCGAGCAAGCCGCCGGCGAGGAGCACCAGCUCGUCCAGCCUCUUCCCCUCGUCCUCCUCCACCGCUUCCUUCUCCACCAGCUACGCCUCCUCCAACUGCUCCAACUACUACUCCUCCUACCAUGGCUUCGGCGCAGCUCCCAAGCUGCAUCAGCAGCAAGAGCACCUUCCCUCCGCCAAGGAGGUACCGGCUGUGACGCCGGCCUCGCCAGUCAGGAGGCAGCCGGCGAGCAUGAAGAAGAAGCAGAAGAAGAGGUAUUACGUGGAGAACAAAGCAGCUAUGGCAGAAGCGGCGCCGGAGGAGGACGUGGGGCUGGCAGUAGAGAAGGACUCGUCGGACCCGCGCGCCGACUUCCGGGAGAGCAUGGUGCAGAUGGUGAUGGAGACCGGGCUGUGCAGCUGGAACGACCUCCGCAGCAUGCUACGCCGCCUGCUCGCCCUCAACUCACCGCGCCACCACGCCGCCAUCCUCACCGCCUUCGCCGAGCUCUGCGCCCAGCUCGCCUCGCCGCCACCGCCGGCGGCAUCGUCGUACCACUACCAGCUCUAG